AUGGUUGGUUUGACGAUCCAGCCCAAGCCUAAAGUGCAGCUAGCGACUGAUCUGCCUGUUUCCGAUGUGCUCUACGUUUCCAAAGCGUGUUGGGAUGGGCUAGUGCUGAAAGGAGCUCAACGUCCUCCACAACCACAAGUCAUCAUCUCACUCACAUUGGCACGAUGGCCAUCUGUUAUACCAUGGAAGGACGACUCUCCACAAGAUGACCUACCAAACACAAUCACUGCUUAUGCUUGCCAACUACCUCCUAAAACUGAUCCACGGACACCAACUUGUUUUCUUCCUGUCGAGUUCUUACGCAACCAUAGUGUAUUUGAACAGGAUUUGCAGUUGGACGCCGUCGACAUUGAACCGACUGCUUUGCUUGAAUUGGAAGAGAUAAUAUUGGGAGCUUUGGAUGAGGAUUCUUAUAUUCAAGCUACUGAUGGCGAGUGA